CAAAUCCAUCAAAAAAAAGUCUGAAAAAUAAAAUAAUUAAAUAAAAACAAUUAAAAAAAGAAUCUAACCUGACCACCGAUCAGGCAGCACAAACCAAAGAUUGUUACGCAGCACUCAUGGCGGAGAACAAUGGCGUGGGAACGAUUCCUCAAACUGCUGAAGAAGAUGAUGAAAAUCACCAUGGACACUAUAAUCUGGAAUACGAAAGAGAAGAAGCUAGCUUAAUGCAGCAGCCAAGAAAGCCGAAUCUCUCGUCUCUCGAAAUACCCGUUCGAUCUUUAGAAAAUGCAUUGUACGAUUUCACAAAGAUAGAUAUUCCAAGCCCGAAUUCUACCAGAGCAGGAUUGCCUCCAAGAUCAAGUUCAGCAAAAUCGAGAUCACAGAAGAGCUUCAGGGCUAAAAACCUAUCUCACGAAGCUGAAAAAACGGUUCUCAUAAUACCAGAAACGCCCCUCUCUGACAAGCCAUCCACUUCGAGAUCGUUUUCCUUGAACAAAAUUUUGUUCUUGAAAUCUUCGCAUUCUUUGCCAGUUACACCAAUUGCAAAUGUAAUACCGAUGGCAAAUUUUGUUGAUCGCCAAUGUAAAACCCCCCAAACUGAAAUAAAACAACAUAUGACACGCUCGUUUUCGGUCCCAGUUAACGUUAAAUUGAGAAGCUUAAGGCGUACGGAUUCAUCUGGAGUGUUGAUACGUGUGAUAUCAAUAAACCAACGGCCUAUACCAGUUGAAAAUGGUUCCGAAGAUAUAUCUCCCGAUACAGAAACUGAUGAUGGUGGGGAGGACAUUCCGGAAGAAGAAGCUGUUUGCAGAAUCUGUUUUGUGGAACUCGGAGAAGGCGGCGAAACGUUAAAGAUGGAGUGCAGCUGCAAAGGAGAACUUGCACUUGCACACAAAGAAUGUGCUGUAAAGUGGUUUAGUAUCAAAGGUAAUAAGACAUGUGAUGUUUGUAGGCAGGAUGUCCGGAAUCUUCCGGUAACAUUAUUGAAGUUGCAGAAUCCUCCAGACAUUGUACGAAGACCGCCCGCUGGACCACAGCAAAGGGAAGUCGCUCGUUACAGGGUAUGGAGGGAUGUGCCUAUUCUUGUAAUGGUCAGCAUGCUUGCGUAUUUCUGCUUUCUCGAGCAGCUUCUGGUGUCGGAUAUGGGACCUAGAGCUCUUGCCAUAUCGUUGCCUUUUUCCUGUGUUUUGGGUCUCCUCUCAUCCAUGAUUGCUUCUACCAUGGUGAGCAAGAGUUACAUAUGGGCUUAUGCUUCUUUCCAGUUUGCGAUAGUCAUCCUUUUCGCACAUAUAUUCUACGCCGUGCUCAAUGUGAAUGCAAUUCUCUCGGUGCUGCUUUCUUCUUUCACGGGAUUUGGAAUUGCAAUAAGCACCAACUCACUGCUUGUUGAGUACCUAAGAUGGAGGGCAAGCCGUAAUCCUCAGUCUUUGCCGCAGCACAUAAGCAGCGGCGUACAGUCUAACCGAAACGACCAAAGGCGGCACCACCACCCCCACCGGCAGUUCCAUCAGCAUCACCACCACCACCACCAAAAUCGGCACCCAAAUAACGGUCGUAACAAUCAAACUCCAAGAACACACAAUGUAUCUGUAGGGUCAGCUGAAAACACAGGGCAACACGAAAGCAUGCAGCAGAGUGUGUGAGAAAGUUAUAGAAGAGUUUGAAAGGGGCUUUUUCGUAACUUUACAUUCAUGUAUGUAUCCUAGUUGGCAAUCUUUUGGUUGCACCAAUAUUGAAACUGAAGAGGAUUGGAGACUGAUGUCCAAAUAGUAGGGUAGGUUAUUAGUGCAUUUUGAUCCUUGUGUUUCUUAGAAGAGCUGUCAAAUGUAAUUUUGCCCUCA